UGAUCCUUUGCGCACACAGGCCCAAGAUGGCUGCCUUUCGGGAACCUCUGCCGAAGAACCACAGACUUAUUCUCUUCCAGCGAGCGAGAUCGGACGAUUCGGCACGGUUUAUCGAGGAGAAAAAGAAGAGGAAAGGUCCUGAAAGCGUUGAAGCUCUUACAGGAGACGAAGCGAAGUCGUUUUACGAGGAUAUCAUCGCGUCUUCUUCCCUUGCAGACGACGAGUCUGCGUCCAAUCCUGGUGCUUGCGUCGUCAAAACGUCGCAUUCGUCGUCGCAGCGUCAUCACAAACGUCGCAAACAGAGCUCGAGGCAUCAUGAGAACACUUCGAAAGGCAAAGAACCAGUCACCUUCACAACGGUGUCUGCUUUUCUUCGCUUCGCUCAAAACGGUGACUUGGAAGGUGUAGAAAAAUGCUUGUCGCUAGGCGGCGUUGAUGUGAACGCCAAGGACGCUUUCAACUGGACCGCCUUGAUGUGCGGUUCAUUCGCAGGGCACCAAAGUGUCGUACGGUGUCUCCUUGAGCAUGGCGCUGAAUGGAGAGAACGAACAGACUCUAGGGGAAGAAAUGCUCUCGAUUUAGCGAGGAAAGCAGGCCAUCGGGACAUCGUAGAUCUAUUCCAAGAGUUCUCGAACAAUGGUGGUUUUCUGGACAACGCCGCCGUUGCCAUGGACGCUCAAGGUGGAACAAAUCAUGACGAAAAUGGCUAUUUCUGCGAAGUUUGUCAACAGGAGUUUAAAGAAACUUCCCAGGAAGACCACGAGCAUUCGACCGUGCAUCUGUUCAACUGCAAGCACGCUCCAUCUUCAACGAUGUACUUUCUGCCCGAGAGUAACAGGGGGUUUCAGAUGAUGUUACGGGAAGGGUGGGACAAAGAAGAAGGGUUGGGGAGAGACGGUCGGAAGGGACAGAAAUUCCCUGUUAAAACUGUGCUAAAGAGGGACAGAACUGGGCUGGGGGCUAGACAAGAUUACAAGGCAAAAGUGACACAUUUCUCUUCCCGUGAUACAAAGGCGGUGAAGAGACCACGGGAAGCGGAGAAGAAGAUGAGAAAGGGAACGUUGUCCAGAAGAGAAAGGGCCGCAAAGGAGAGAAAAGAGAAGCAGUGGGAAAGAAAUUUUAGGGCCUCAUUUAACACGGAUUUCUGAUGAAACAUUACUGCAAGUCAUAUCCAAACAUUGAUUUUACUUUGUAUCAAAAACCAUAUGUUUACAUUUGUAAAAGAGGAAUACAGGGAUACAGUCGUGAUUAACGGCCGUUUUACCAAGUGAUGACGCAAAUGAAAUUAAACACUGCAUUACA